GGAAUUUGGAAUAACCUUGUUGGAAUAUUGUUAUUGUGAUACCGACUGAUAAAUAGUAUCAAUUAAAUACUGUUUAGAAAAAGUAGAACCUAAUUUUCAGACGAAAAUAAUUUUUAUGCAAAUAUUUGUUUACUGGUCUAUUGAAAAUAUAAAAUGCCAUCAAUAGCUGGAAAGUAUCAACACUACAAAAAUGAGGACAUUGAUGAUUAUUUCAUAGCUGUAGGUGUACCAUUUAUGGGAAGGAAGAUGAUGGCCCUGUCCUCACCUCUCAUGGAAAUAACAGUAGACGGAGACAAUAUGGUCAUCAAAAAUUCUUCUCUACUAAGGACAGUUGAGAUGAAAUUCAAAUUGGGUGAAGAAUACGAAGAAAAAAUGCCAAGCACCACCAUUAAGAGCAUAACAACUCUUGUCAACGACAAUGAGCUGGUGACCCAAUCUGUUAUUCCUGAGACUGGUGACAAGUGCGGCAGACACUAUAUGUUCACUGAUGAAGAAUGUGUUAUUACACUGACUCAUGAGAAGGCAAAAACACCUGGGAAAAGAUACUUCCGAAGAGUGAAUUCUUAAGUACUUUUAUUAAUCAAACUAAUUUAAGAAGAAUCUUUUAAUCGUCAGUCAAGCUGUGAAUUUUGUUAUUUUUUUAUAUUCAUAUAUCUACAUUCUUUUAUUUUUAUAUACUUUUGUUUCAUAUAUUUGGCUAAAUUAUAGUGUUAUUAAAUAUUUGAAAUGUA